AUGGGCAAGAAACAAUCGGGGUCGGCUGAGAAAAAGCCUGCAGAAAAGAAAGGUGGAAACAAGAACGCCGACAAAAGUGACCAAUCCGAGGGCAAAGGAAAGGCUGGUUUGAAGGCCGCAACUGCAAUCAACGUCCGCCAUAUUCUAUGCGAGAAACACUCCAAGGCGACUGAGGCACUGGAGAAGAUCCAGGAGGGCCAGCGCUUCGACAAGGUAGCGCAAGAAUACUCGGAGGACAAAGCUAAAGCUGGUGGCAGUCUUGGAUGGAUGGUGCGAGGGUCUAUGGUCGGUGCAUUCCAAGAUGCCGCAUUCGCCCUUACUCCGUCAACUGUUGACAAGCCCAUUUUGUCGUCUUUGGUUAAGACGAAUUUCGGAUACCACAUCAUCAUGGUAGAGGGCCGUCGAUGA